AUGGUGCCUCCUGGCUUUGCGUCUUUGACGGCCAGGCCGCUUGACAGGUGGUUCCUUAGGCGGCAAGGAGACAGGGCCCGGUCGGCUACCAGGGGAGUCAGCAGGCGGGUCAGUCAGCGGAGCGCCCAAGAAUUCAUGAAGUUUCAGAAGAAAGAAAACCUCACUAUCAUCCCUCCAAGAGCGGUGCCUAAGAAACAUCAUGAUUUCUGGACUUUCCAGCCACUGUCCCCUAAAGAGGACCUUGAAGAAAAACUCCUACUGGAAUCCAUUGCUUGGCCAGAAACUCCACCUUUGCCGACUCCUCUUUCCUUGACCAAAACCAGUUGUCCAGCUAAAAGCACCUUCACCAUUCUUCCACAAAGUGGAGAUGGACAGUGGCAUGUAGGGGACAAGCUGAAGGUGCUGAUCAAAAUGUAUGACUUCCAAGGAAGUCCUAAAAAGUCUGGAGGAGACGUCUUAUUCGCCCGGCUGCACAAUCCGACUCUUGGUGCUGGUGUGGUUGGGAAAGUGGAGGAUCAUCUCAAUGGCACCUACUCUGUUGUUUUCUCUUUACUCUGGGAAGGAAGCGCUUGGGUUGAGGUGACACUGGUUCACCCCAGUGAGGCCGUCACAGUGCUACACAGGUUGAACAGUGAACAGCCUGACAGGGUUUACUUCCAGAGCCUCUUCCGCUCAGGCUCCGUCUCUGAAACUACCAUCUGUAAUGUAUUCCUGCGUUCGACCGAGCAGCCGCUGUGCAACUACACUGACCUCCAUACAGGUGAACCUUGGUUCUGCUUCAAGCCAAAGAAUCUGAACUGUGAUACCAGGAUCAACCACUCUAAGAGAGGAUUCAAACAAAACCUCAAGAGCAACGAGGAGAAACUCUUUCAGCUUGGUGUCAACAUGAAAGUCUCAAUUCCAGCCUCAGGACCUGCUGGUGUCACCGUGUUGCCAAGACAGAAAGGUCAAGCAGUGAUGAGCAACAGCAAUGUGGAGUCUGGACCCUCUGGCUACUACUACCAGGGUGCAUGGCAAACACUAAGUGGCACCAAAGUUCAGCAGUUCAACACCUCCUCAGCCAUCACUCAGUGUCUGAAAGGCAAAGUGGUCCACCUGUACGGAGACUCCACCAUCAGGCAGUGGUUUGAGUACUUCAAUGGAGCACUACCAGAUCUCAAGGAGUUUGACCUGCACAGCCAGAAGCAAAAUGGACCUUUCAUGGCCAUGGACUUUGCAAACAACAUCUUAAUGACGUUCCGCUGCCAUGGUCCUCCUAUUCGUUUUCUCCCUGUCCCAAUCAACGAGUUGCGUUACAUUGCCAAUGAACUAGACAAUGUAAUUGGAGGCACCAACACAGUGGUGAUCUUUGGCAUCUGGGCGCACUUCAGCACUGUCCCAGUGGAGGUCUACAUCCGGCGGUUGCAGAGCAUCCGUAGGGCGGUGGUACGCCUGCUGAACAGAUCUCCAGGUACAGUGGUCAUCAUCCGGACAGCAAACCCCAAAGCUUUGACACUCUAUGAGACUCUGACCAACAGUGACUGGUACUCACUGCAGAAUGACAAAGUACUCAGGGCCAUAUUUAAAGGAUUGAAUGUUCAUCUGGUGGAUGCCUGGGAGAUGGUCCUGGCCCAUCACUUACCUCACAACCUCCACCCACAACCUCCUAUUAUUAAGAAUAUGAUCAAUGUUCUCUUGUCCUACAUAUGUCCUAUAAAGGGAGGCUAGAUUUUGUCUUCAGGAAUCUAUGCACAGUGAAGACUAACUACAAUUAGUUAUUUUUAAUACACCAGGUUGGAUAAUAAAGAUAACUUAACACCUACAUCCUCAUGUUUGAGAUUGGAGCACAACAUUCCUGGAGAUGCUGGAAUUCUGUAGCCAGUGCAG